AUGACGAACCCAUCUCAGCUCUUUCUCCUCGCAGAUCACAUCAAGCUCUCGCUUCUGGAACGACAACGGGCUAUCUCGCUAAGCCUCGAGCCCAAUAGUCAAGAUGGGGAGAUCUCCCGCUCACUAGAGUCUCUACGAGAAGGAAUCGAAGCAUCGGAGGCAGAACAUCGGCGCUUGGAGGAGGUAGGUGAUGAGGACGCGGCGGAUUGGAAAGACCAACUUGAUCAGCUGCGCAUUCAAUUCCGCGACUUGUCGGUUCAAUUUCACGGCGAAGGUAGUGCUGGUACUACAUUGAAUUCACCCAAUGACCCGACCCUGGCUUCCGACUUUGCCAGAGCAAACAAUACGUCGCCAGACCUGAAACAGCCCGUUCCACAGCACCCGCCUUCCAAGAACGUUCGAUUCAUGGCCGCGGCCGCAGAUGAAGAUGAGGAGCCCGACCGUCGCAAUUUGUUCCAGCCAUAUCGUGACUCGCCAUCGCCCCCGGGAGUCGAUCAAUCCGGUAUGGAUAAUCAGCAGAUACAUGCGUACCACUCGCAAGUGCUUCGCGACCAGGAUGAUCAAUUGGACCGUUUGGGGGAGUCGAUCGGACGACAGCAUCAAUUGAGUAUUCAGAUUGGUGAUGAGCUGGAUGGACAUAUCGCAUUGCUGGAUGAGGUUGAUGAAGGGGUGGACAGACAUCAGACCCGGUUAGACCGUGCGAAAAAAGGGCUGGACAAGGUCCGGAGAAGUGCGGGAGAUAAUUGGAGUUUGAUGACAAUCGUUGGUCUGAUUAUCAUUCUGAUUAUCCUGAUUGUUAUUUUGAAGUGA